CUGGCUUAGUUUGUUUUUGGUUGUUUAAUCGCGUUCUUUGCUAAACACGAUGGAAGAGUAGCUAAUGUCGUUUAUCCCCGACGUAUUACAAACGACAACAGAUUAUUAGUGCAUAAAAGUACCUUCAGUGUGGAAUAUUUUGGCUGCAGUCUGACUAGUUUGCAGUUUUUUUUUCAUCUCGUCACUGGAGCCAGAGGAAAUGGUAGAACCACCAAAACACGCCUUUGCUUCGAUAGAAGAGGAGCUGGGCUUCUGGAAAGACCAAGCUCAGAGGCAGCAGCAGCGAGCCGAGGAGUCACAAGAGGAGCUGCAGGAGUUCCAACAGAUGAGUCGAGAUUAUGAAGCGGAGUUGGAGGCUGAAUUAAAACAGUGUGAAGGCCAAAAUAAGGAGCUGAGAUCAGAAAACAGCCGACUCCAGAUAGAACUAGAAAACAUAAAGGAGAAGUUUGAGGCCCAACAUUCCGACACGUUCCGUCACAUCUCCACUCUGGAGGAAGAGCUGACUGAGACCAAAGCUGUCAGAGACCACCUGCAGAAGUACAUCAGAGAGCUUGAGCAGUCCAACGAUGACCUGGAAAGGACCAAACGGGCCACCAUCAUGUCCCUGGAGGACUUUGAGCAGCGGAUGAACCAGGUCAUUGAGAGAAAUGCUUUUCUGGAAAGCGAGCUGGAUGAAAAGGAGAACCUGCUGGAGUCGGUUCAGCGACUGAAGGACGAAGCCCGAGAUCUUCGCCAGGAGCUGGCUGUGCGUCAGAAGGAGCGGCGGCCCUCCAGCAGUCUGGGCAAAGACAGCGACCGAGCUGACCUGCUUGCUGCUAACCCGGUCACACCAUCUAAACCCAUGAGCUCCUUCGUCACGCCGCCCGCGUCCAGCAUCCGCAGAGGUGAGCAACAGAAACGACAGUUCACUGGUUAUAAAAAAAUCCAACAUACUCACCCUGACUUUGCUGUAGGCGACGGGCUAACAGGGACACCCCUCACUACCUCUGCUAGAAUAUCGGCUCUAAAUAUCGUUGGGGAGCUCCUGAGAAAAGUUGGGAACCUGGAGUCCAAGUUGGCCUCGUGUCGAGACUUUGCCUACGACACCUCAGUCAGCAGACAGGCUCUUACCGCCGGUCCUGGAAGCCCUUCAGGUGUGGAGGGAAGUGGUGACCUCCAAAGCAACUGCAUGAGCCCCCCUCCUCAGUAUGACAGUUUAGUGAAGCGGCUGGAGUUCGGACCUGCUCCUCCAAGAGGGAUGUCGCAGGGCGCACAGUCUCCACAAGGGGGAGUCAAAAUCCUGCUAUGAAAGAGAAGCAGGGGUCGUCCAGCCAAUACAUGACCCCCUACUUUUUCACCAAGCUACGGGACUUUUUUUACGCUGACCUGCAAAACAGUUGCUACAACUUAACCAUGUAUGUCGCAUCACAAGGGCCGCGUCGGUAUUCCUCGCUGGUUAGUGGUACCUAGCAACAGUUACUGGGAUGUAAGCUUACUUGAAGCAAACAGUUGUUACAUGACUUAAAAAAAACAAGCUCACGGUGCACUUCUAUUUUUGGUGACAUUAAUCUGCGUGUUCUGACCAAGUCUAAACCAAAGCUGUAACAGAUGCAGAGCAAGAUGAUGUUGGCGAAUCUGACAAACCUUCAGAGCCGUGUAAAAAGGGUGAAAACGUUCAUGCUCUCCACAGUUUGACAGAGUCAUCAUGAAUUUGUGGUGUUUCCGUCACCAUCAAAAGGUUAAGGUUCUCAUAGAAAUUGUGCCCAAGCUUCAAGAAGAACAGGAUUUCUCUCUUUAUUUCACCUGAUUGUUUUACUACAGAUAUGAACCAAUGUGAACGCACAAGACUGAUAUUAGUGCCGUUUGGUGUGAUCGGUGCCUUGCUUGUGGGCGUCCCGAACCCUUGUUCUUCUGCUGCCCCAGGCCAUGUUUUAACUUGUCAGAUGAGCAUUGUGUCGACGCGCCGUGGCUGUUCAUGUUUAACAAGAUGUUCAUCAGCUGGAGUGUUUAUUUUUCUAAACAGAUUUUAGUGGGUUUUUAGGUGAGCACAGAAGCAUGAAUGAAUGUAUAGGAGACAUUCCCUUCAGGGAUCGCCCUCGUGGGCAGUUGGGGAACAGAAGAGUAGAAGCAAUAAUAGAUUUUAAGAAGCACACAGAGGAUAGACUACGCUGUGUACGACGGCUACUCCUUAUAGACUUGUAUUAUAGAUGAGCAUAUCGAGGUAGAGGGUAUAAUGACGUGGGAUUGAGGUUGUCGGUGGUUAGCUGUGGAGGCAGUUGUGAAGGAGGAUUCAUCGCUGGCUCCAGUUCUCUGCUGUAGAAAGAUUAUACUUUGGCUCAGAAUAAUAACAGAGGGUCUGUGAUGCUUAGGUCGGCAUCUCUAUGGUUGGUCAUCGAUCAGAUGCCAUUUGUGGUGUUGAGGGAAAGAAUGCAAGAGCAAGGCGAUGUCCUCACUCCCCUCUGUCCUUGACUUUGGAAAGGGAAUACUUGAUAAAUCCGUCACAUCCUGUGACUCGGUGGUGUAAAGCCGAAUCAACGCUAUGUCGAAAAAGCUGCUGUGUAAAUCGUCGUGUAGCUAACAUCAGUAUCUCCUGCCGUGUAGUUGAAUAGCGAGAGCAGAGAAAUGUAGCAGUUAUCGAGUGGUAUGCCAUCCAGCAAGGUUAAAUCCAAGUAUCUUUAAGCAGCUGAAGUCUAACAAACUCAUGGUUUCUGCUCUCCUUACCUUGAGCUAAUGUGUAUUUAAUGCGUAAACACUGUGACGCCUGGACUGUAAACGUGCCUGAGACACUGAAUCAUUAACAGUUUCUGUUGACUGAUCUUACUGACCAAGAUGGAAACAUUAAACGGUGAAAAUGAUUUGUCGCU